GUGGUGUAUCACAAGGAAGAAGAGGAGCUGUAACGGGUUGGUCGUUCUCAUACAUUAAUUGGCAGCAGUAACUUGUGAAAAAAUGCCGGUCAUAGAUUUAGAAACUAACUUACCUGCAAACAAGUUUCCAGAAGACUUUCUGAAAAGACUAUGCGCUACAUUGGCUGCAGCGUUGGGGAAACCGGAAGACAGGAUGAAUCUGGUGGUAAAGACAGACCUGCCGAUGAUGAUCGCAGGGUCCUGCUCCCCGUGUGUGUUGAUGUCCGUGUCUGCCAUUGGAGUGACUGAUACUGCGGAGAAGAAUAAGGAGCACAGCGCCAAAAUCUUCCAGUUCCUGAAAGGAGAGUUUGGGCUGAGCGAUGACCGUAUUUUGAUAUUGUUCUACCCUCUGGAGCUGUGGCAGAUUGGGAAGAAAGGAACAGUUAUGAGCUUCUUAUAAGGCCUUCCUUAUUUGAAAGUGAAUUCUUCAUAUGUGAUUCCUAUUUGGGAUUCAGACAGCUGGGUUAUAAGGAAGUUGUGUUCUUAUCGGAUUAAGAAUAUUUUGCAUUAACAUCUCCAGGUUCUCUUGAAAAGUAGCUAAUUUAUGUGACUUGAAAAUAAUCUGUUUGCUAAUCUGUUAAAUAUAAAAUGCAUUUCACAUUUUGCUAGCAAGUCAUAGUGGGUUGGGUGUGUCUAUUUUUUUUAGUUUAAAAGGUUGAAGAAAUUAAGCUUAGAGAGUAUAUUAUAAUAAUGUAUUCCAUUAGUAUUGUGUUUGUCAGACUUUUCCAGGGAAAGUGCCACUUCAAUCAGUUAUCGAUUAACCACAUCUAUCGGUCAAAUCAGACCAUAUAAGAAUAAAGAAUCAUCUAAUCACACAUGUAAGACUAGAAAAACUGGAAGAACUGGUUGAGGAUCGACCACUCUGGAAAUUACCAUUUGAACUCAAAAUUUGAGACAAAAGUCUCAGCUAACCUAUAAUUUCCCUCAUCCCCCACUCCUUCUCCCCCAUGCGAAGAUCACCAAAAACUCACCCAAAAAUCUAAAUAGUUUAAUGUGAAUGAUUAUCAUCGAGUUAUAUACAUGUUUGGUAUCAUUUGAUUGAAAUGCCUCACGGUGACUGGUACAAGUGUCUCAAGAAUGAGACACAAAAGAUACGUUUUUUAAGAGUUUAACUGGCACACAAAGGAAUAUAGUUUCUUGACAAAUGGUCUCACACACCCAAAAGGUGUAACCACUGAAUACAAAUAUUGUUAGCACAUGUUUCCAUGUGAAAUUAGUUUCUGUCUAUAUAAAGAAAUGCAGAAAAGGGUUAAAGGCCUUCUGUACCUCAGAUGAGCCCGUGAGGCGAGCGGCUGAGUCUCUUUGUUCCAGAGCAAACAGCGAGAACAAAAUAGCGAGAAAAUGUAUUGCAUUUAAUCAAAAUACUUUGCCACAAGAAAAGACAGUAACUGGUAAAGACCUUUAGAUCCCAGAUUUUGUUCUGAUCGAGCGUGAGUUUACACAGGCUUGCAAAAGCCAUA